AUCCCCAUUCCUUCCGUUGCCCUCCACACCCCCUCGCGUCGACAGCCUCGAAAGAAUCGGAAAUUACAGCCCGGUCCCCGGAUCGGAUCCCCCCAAAUCCGCCUCGGCCUCGAGCUCGCCGCCUCCGCCUCGAUGGGGAUCUCGAGCAUGCCGGAGCCGCGGGACAGCCUGCUGGGCUUCCUGGUCUACAACGCGGUGAUCUCGCUCGCGGCGCUGGCGGGGCUGGUGCGGGCGGCGCUGGUGUUCCUCGACCUCGGGGACUGGGAGGCCGACGGCGCCGGCAGCGGGGACCGGCUCGUGUCCGCCGCGGGGCCGGGGUCCGCGGAGAGGAUGCAGAGGCCCCUCCUCCGCCCGGCGCGGCUCGGCCCGAUCCCGGGGGUCACUACGACGUGCGGCGCGGCGGCGGCGGCGGCCGGGGACGACUGCAGCGUGUGCCUGGCGGGGUUCGGCGCCGAGGCGGUGGUGAACCGACUCCCCUGCGGGCACCUCUUCCACCGCGGCUGCCUCGAGACCUGGCUCCGGUACGAGCGCGCCACCUGCCCGCUCUGCCGCGCCCACGUCCCCGUCCCCGCCGUCCCCGUCGACGACACGCCGGGGCUCCGGUACCCGGAGUGCGAGUGAAUCCGUCCUGCGCCCGCCGGAUUCCCCACCCCCACGACCCGCGGUCGUCGCGCGCCCGGCUGUGUGCUGCAGGCUCCGUGUGGCCUUUCCGUGUGCGCGUAGCAAAGCUUAGGAGUAGUAGAGUUGCUGUUGCUUUCCCUUUUUCUCUUCUUUUUUUUUCAAACUUUUUGUCCCCCUCUUGUUGUUUCCGGUGCUGUCGCUGUAGCGUGUAAAUACUCCAGUUCGCAGCAGAGAGUGCAGUGCUCCCGCGGCUGUGGUGUAGCGCUUUUUACGAGCUCAGCUCGUGUACAUGCUUCGUCCCCAACAAGCAAAAUAUCGAGGAAAAUUCACCCCCGAAAA